UAUAACGAGCUGGCAAUGACAAAAAAUUGUGCAUCAACUCAAGUGUGGUCUUUGGCUUUGACGUAUACGUCCUUCUUAAUGGCUUUAUUGCACUUCAUUUCCAAUUCAAGCUUCUUUUACAAAGAUUCUUGUGCCAAAAGUAGAGGGUUUAACAUAUGCAAGCCAUUAUAUUCAUCACAAUCCACAUCAAUAGCCACCACGACAUUGGAUAAAUCUCUCGUUAGACGAUCAGCAAACUAUAAGCUGUCUUUAUGGUCAUUUGAUCAUAUUCAGUCACUCUCUACCAAAUACAAGGGAAAUGAUUACACGUCAAGAGCACAUACUUUGAUAGAUGCAGUGAAGUCCAUGAUAUGCAAAGUGAGCCAUCCGUUCAGGACCCUUGAACUAAUUGAUGAUUUGCAGAGACUUGGAAUAGCGUAUCAUUUUGUGGAUGAAAUAAAUUAUCUCUUGGAGAUGAUUUACCACAAUUACUAUGAAACUCAAGACAUGUGGGAUAUAAUGGAUCUAAACCAUAAAGCCCUUGGUUUUAGAAUAAUGAGACAACAUGGUUAUCAUGUUCCUCAAGAUAUAUUUUGCAACUUCAGCGACACAACUCGAAAUCUCAAGCCGCACUUAUACCAGGAUAUGAUGUGCACAUUGAACUUGUAUGAGGCUUCAUAUCAUUCAUUUGAGAAUGAAAGCGUAUUGGACGAUAUUAGAGAUUUUACAUCUAACUAUCUCAAAGAAAAUCUAGAGCAAAUUACUGAAAAUUUAUCAUCAAUGGUAACUCACGCUUUGGAGCUUCCACUGCACUGGAGAGUACCGAGGGUAGAGGCAAAAUGGUUUAUCGUUGAAUAUGAGAAUAGAAGUGGCAUGAAUCCGACCCUUUUGGAGCUUGCAAAAUUAGAUUUUAAUAUCGGCCAAGCUAUGCACCUUGAAGAUCUACAACACUCUUCAAGAUGGUGGAGAGAUACAAGUUGGGAUAAGAAUUUAAGCUUUGCCCGAGAUCGAUUGGUGGAGAAUUUCCUGUGGACAGUUGGGGUGAAUUACCUACCUCACUUUAGUGUUGAAAGAAAAACACUAUUGAAGGUUAAUGCCAUAAUAACUACUAUUGACGAUGUCUAUGAUGUGUAUGCUACUUUGGAUGAACUUGAACUAUUUACUGAUAUCGUGGACAGAUGGGACAUCAAUUUGGUCGGAAAGCUUCCACAUUAUAUGAAGAUCUGUUUCAUUGGAUUCUACAAUUCGGUAAAUGAGAUGACAUAUGAGACAUUAACGAAAACCGGAUUCAUGAUCCUUCCUUACCUAAAAAAAGAGUGGGCAGAUUUAUGCAAGGCAUACUUGGUAGAAGCACGGUGGUAUCACAGUGGACAUACACCAACACUAGAAGACUACUUGGACAACGCUUGUGUAUCGAUAGCUGCUCCAGUAAUACUUACGCAUCUUAGCUUUUUGACCUCGAUUACUUCAAAAGAAGAAAUUUUACAAGGCAUAAAGAGAGCUGAAAAUAUAGUUCGCUACUCCUCCUUAAUCCUCCGACUUGUUGAUGACUUAGGGACAUCCUCGGAUGAAAUUGCAAGAGGGGAUAAUCCAAAAUCAAUCCAAUGUUACAUGCAUGAGACUGGUGCUACAGAAACGGAAGCUAGAAGGUAUAUCCAAAAGUUAAUCACGGAAACCUGGAAGAAACUUAAUAAGGAACGGGCAGGCGCAAACUCACAGUUUUUAAGGGAGUUUAAUGAUGGUGCAACAAACCUUGCGAGGAUGGCACAGUUCAUGUACGGUGAUGGAGACCGGCAUGGUCGUCCAGAAUUGACUAGACCCCAUGUCGUAUCCCUAUUAUUCAAUCCAAUCCAAUGAAUCCAUGAACCACGAAUUGUCUUUUAAUACAAUUAUUCUUUAUAUCUAAAUUGAGAUAUCAUAAUAUUAUAAUAUUAUACGGUGUAUAAGAUUA